AUGUUUGCCGUACAGCGCCAGCUGGCGCUUCGGGCGGCGUGCAGCUACAGGACCGUCUCCGAGUGCGCAGUGGAAGCGGUCGCCGGGGUAAUACCCAUCGACCUGCUUGCAUUCGAGCGGAAGAACAUCUUCCAACGCUCCUUGGAGACUGGGCGGGCCGAAGCCGUGUCCCACGAGCGCGCAGCCACGCUACGCGCAUGGCAGCAACGCUGGGAGGCUGCCCAGCCGGGUCGGUGGACGGCUCGGCUGACAGGGGAUCUGGCCACCUGGAUAUCCAGGACCCAUGGUGAGGUGAAUUUUUACCUCACCCAGUUCCUCAUAGGCCACGGGUACUUCCGUGCGUACCUGUCGAGGAUGGGCAAGGUCGGAUCCUCGGGAUGCCGGUAUUGCGACGCAGCAAGGGAUGACGCGCUCCAUACGUCCUUCGUGUGUGACCGCUUCGCCAGAGAUAGGGUAGAUCUCGGCGCCCUCGUAGGAGACGUCACUCCCGACAACAUCGUGAGGGUGAUGCUGGGGGGGCCGACCGAAUAG